AGAAGCUCGUCGUCGAGUGAACACCUUGCUAAGAGAAUUAGCAGAGAAACAUGAAGGAAUUCGCUAUUUUUGGGGUGCUUUCCUUCGCUAUAUUUUUUAGAGGAAUGACCUCGUCCGAAAUUACUUUCAAUGCUGCCAAACAGCCUUAUUAUCGAACACCAAAGUUCGGCUAUCUUAACUUCGUUUUUCAACCAAACAGUACACUAGAAGUGGAAAACAAACGCCAGUUCCACGCCGAGAACUACAAGCAAUGUCUUGUUGCUUGUGCCAGUAACAUGACUUGUUUCUCCAUCAACUUUGGAAAACAGCCCAUCUUCUUUAACCAAGGGAACGCCCAGUACCUCUGUGAGCUGUUAGCGACUGAUAAAUACAACUCUUCGUCCAAGUAUAAAAGCAAGAAUCCAGGAUUUGAUCACUACAGCAUCAGGUCCAACUGCAGCAAGUCUCCCUGUCUUCACGAUUUCACUUGUAUUCCUGAUUACGAUAACGACACCUACGAAUGUUCGUGCCCAAGACCUGCUUACGAAGGCAAACAUUGCAAAGAUGUCGAUGAAUGCACCACAGGACAGCAUGACUGCAGUGUGAACGCCACUUGUACUAACACCAUUGGUUCAUUCAACUGCAAGUGCAAAAACGGUUACCUUGGUAAUGGGAACAUCUGCAUCAAGCAGGAAAAGAUUCAAGAAUCAGAUAUUCUUAACGAUUUUGGCAACGACAGUUAUCUUGCCGCUUUGAAUACUUUCAUGGAUGAAGUGCCUGAAGAUAUCGUGAAAAUUUCAUGGUUCAGAUGCUGGUCAGGCAAGAAUGACGGGUUUAAUGUGCCAACAACCUUCCAUGCUCAAUGUGACGGUAAAGGAGCUACGGUUACCAUAGUGAGGAGAGGGAAAUACAUAUGGGGUGGAUACUCUGAUAAGUCCUGGUCGUCUUCCUCAGGCGGAAUUUACAAGAGUUCUACAAAGUCAUUCAUAUUCUCUUUAUACAACAUUCAUGGCUUCAAUCCUCAGAAGUUUAAGAUAGUAAAUACCGCAAAAGCUGUAUACCAUCAUGCUCAAUAUGGACCAGCAUUUGGAGGACUAAACGACAUCAAGAUACACAAGUACGCCACGAAAAAUAGAAUGAAUUAUAAUAAACCAUUUGCAUAUGAGAUUCCCCCUGGCUGUACAUAUGAGAAGUAUUGUAACUUCUUUACAGGCAUAGCGGGUCAAUAUACCAUCGAUAACAUUGAAGUGUUUUAUAAGAAUAAGGUGUAGUGAUAUGCCAAGCUCAAUUACUCUUGAGUAGGGAACUUUCUCAGUCGCAAGAGUAGCUUUUACAUUAUACAUGCAUUGCACGCUUCAUCUCUAAUCACCAGUAAAAUUUCCUUCCCACUGAGAAAAACUUAAAUAAAGAUUUCACUCACCCAAAUCUAUUUAUUGUCUUCAACAAUGUCUAGAGGUGCGUACGAAUCCAGGACUCAUUAACAAUGUGACUUACAGAAUUAUAUUAGAUGAAAGGAAUGAGGCAUUAAAUAAAAGCGUUCAAAAACGAAA